UAGACCAUGAUUCGUAUAUAAUCAUGCUGAUAAAAUUUAGUUUAUUUCCAUUUCCACCCUAUCGAGAAAAUCUGACAUAAAAUAAUCUGCGCAAGCCUAAUUUUCCAGCUGUUUUCCAAUGAUUUUCACGCACUAGCAAUGUCAGUUUUUCAAGAUUUUUCUCGCUACAUUACUCUAAGUAAACAUUGUUAACUAAAAACCACGAUUUAAAGCAAAAUUAAGUCUUUUUCAAGAGUUCUAUAUCAUAUAAAAUAUUAAUAAACACACAAAAGACACAAAAAGUUCCUCGAUUAAAGAAAAUAUGAUGGAAAAAGAGUGCGACAUAAAAAUAUUGUAAACCAAACCAAAACAGAAUGUGAAAAAUAAAAAAGAAACCAUAAAUUUUAAAAGAUACAUUUUUGUGGCAUAUUAUCGGUAUGAGAUCUAGCCAUGGUGGUGAAAUUUCCCAAGAAUAUAUACGGUGACCCAAAUAACAACCUGGAUUUCAACUUAAGAACAAUAUGAUUCUGAGUGAUAUUGCCCUACGAUUUUUCAUAGUUUAUUUUGAGAUUGGUGCUGUUUUUUCUAGCAAGGUUCUUCAAGAAGAUUUGACUUCUGAUUCAUGUUCACCUCCGCUACUAGCUCUUAACGGUACACAAACAGAGAAAGGGGAAUUAAGGAUAAAGAAGGACUAUUCCCAUGUGAAGGAGGUUAAGUUUUCUGGGUCCAUCGGACCACUGGGUGAGAAAAGAUUGUGCAAGAUCAAAUGCAUAGGUGGUCAAUGGGUUGGACCACUGUGCGUAGACCAGCAAGGUAUGUAGAGAAUGAUUUACUUCAAAAUACUAUGGUAGACAACCUUAAUAGUAUUUUGAAUUCUCCAAUAAAUACCAGAAUAUUAUACUGGGUGUUCAAUUUAAAAUAAAAAGACUAACUUGCCUUUAA